CACACACGGAUCACGCCCUACGAGUAAACGCUUGCGACACAGAGUCGACAAGGGUGACACCAAAUGGGAGCAUAAUGAUUUGUAGGAUUUAUGGAGAAAUAAAUUCCAUUCUUUUUGGUGCUUUUCAGAAGGGAAAUUUCUCUUUGUCUCUUGUUGAUCGGCGCAACACGAUACUACACAAAUUUCUGUAAAUACAUGAUCGAAUUGGAGGUUUUCCAGCGGCCUACACAACUUUCCGUAUUUUUCCGGAGCAAGCGGAACAGUGUGUGUAGUUGCGUACGUGCACAGGAAACGAACAGAAGGGCGUAGAUUCAUAUUACAUGUAUGAUGAAGGCCUACAUGUAUACUGUACAUUGUACAGUACAUGUAUGUACAGUACCCGUAUUGCAAGUUGUGGUGCGUAACGUUUGAGCUGGAAUUGGCUGCUUUGCCUCAGUAUCACUAUGAGCUACCCUCCACCUGGUGGUUACGCACCCCCUGGUAGCUAUGCACCUCCUGGAGCUGGUUACCCACCACCCUCAGGACCGGGUUAUCCACCUGCACCAGGAGGUUAUCCCCCUGCGACUGGAGCACCGGCUGGCUAUCCACCCCCACCAGGACCACCGGGGUCUUACCCACCCCCUCCUGGUGCACCAGGGGCAUAUCCACAACAAGCAGCUGGCUACCCACCAGCUGGAGGUGCUCAACAUUACCCAACUGGAGUCCAGCCACCAGCUGGUGCCCCUUAUGGUCAACCACCGCCAGCUGCUGCACCUUAUGGUCAGCCCCCUGCUGCUGCACCCUAUGGACAACCUCCUGCAGGAGCACCUUAUGGUCAAGCACCAACUGGAGCCCCCUAUGGUCAGCAGCCCCAAGCAGGUGCACCCUAUGGCCAACAGUCACAAGCAGGUGUACCCUAUGGCCAGCAGCCCCAAGCAGGUGCACCCUAUGGCCAGCAGCCUCCGGCAACAGGUGCACCCUACGGCCAGCAGCCUCCAGCAACAGGUGCUCCAUAUGGAGGACAGGGGGCUUAUCCUCAGCAACAGUCGCAACCAGGAGGUGGAGGUGCUAAUAUACCAUCUGCUGCAGCUCUAUAUGGUCAAGAUAACAAACCUAAACCACAGGGUCCUCCACCAGUUGCUCAGCCAGUAACAGCUGCAAUGAGUAAGAUGUCUCUGAAAGAGCAACCAUUUGAAACACAUGGAACUAUUAAACCAGCUCAUCCAUUUGAUGCAGAGAAAGAUGCAGAAGUAAUGCGCAAAGCUAUGAAAGGACUGGGGACUGAUGAAAAAGCCAUUAUAAAUGUGAUAGCAAACAGAAGUAACAAGCAACGACAAGAGAUCAAAUUGAAGUACAAGACAAUGUAUGGCAAGGAUUUGAUCAAAGAUCUGAAGUCGGAGCUGAGCGGUCACUUGGAGGAAUGCAUCUUAGCUCUCUUCAUGCCUUUGGAAUACUUUGAAGCUCAUCAGCUUCAUAAGUCAGUUGGGGGUAUAGGAACAGACGAGGAAACAUUGAUUGAGAUUUUGUGCUCUAGAACUAAUGAACAAGUCCAAGCUCUAACUGCAGAGUACAAGAAAAAUUACCAUCGUUCUCUUGAGAAAGAUUGUAUUGGUGAUACAAGUGGUCACUUUCAGCGUCUUCUGGUUUCGAUGUGUCAGGGUAACCGUGAUGAAGGCAAUACUGUUGACAUUGCCAAAGCUAGAGACGAAGCUAACAAACUCUACCAAGCUGGAGAAAAGAAAUGGGGAACUGAUGAAUCCAUUUUCAACAUGAUUCUGGCUGUUCGUAACUUUGCACAACUGCGAGCAACAUUUGAUGAGUAUAUCAAGAUUUCUCAGCGUGACAUUAUGAGUAGUAUUGAACGUGAGAUGUCUGGAGAUCUUAAGAAAGGAAUGAUGACUAUUGUCCAGUGUGUUAAGAGCCGACCUGCUUACUUUGCUGAGCGUCUGUAUCGAUCAAUGAAAGGAGCAGGCACUGAUGAAGACACUCUCAUUCGAGUAAUUGUAACUCGCUCUGAGAUUGAUCUUGUUGAGAUCAAGAAGGCAUUCUUGGAGAAAUACCACAAGACUCUGUCCAAGAUGGUUGAACAUGAUACAUCUGGUGACUUCAAGAGAUUGUUGCUGGCUGUUAUUGGUAAAGAAUGAAAGUUCACCUGAUAUCUUAGUAUACUCAGUUUGUUGUAGGAUGUGCAUGUAUAACAAAAACUAGGUGUUUGAUCCAAUAUAGAGAAUAUGCCAUAUGACAUGUAGUGAGGCUUUUGCG